CCCCCCUGCCGCGUGGUGUGCCGAAGCGGCUCUUUAGAUCCUCCCCGGCCCAAGCCUCCCCUGCCAUGGAUGCCUCGGGGGCUCUUGCUUCGGCUCCCUCCUCCGCGGCUCCCUCGGGCUCCCGCAGCCCCAUGUUCCCCCCAGGAGCUGACAGAGAGGAGUGGGGACCGAGGUUCAAUUGUGCCCCUUCCACCUCUGCCGCAGCCUCGCAGGCGAUGCCAGCAUCUGGCCGGAAGAGGAAGGCCAACUUCUCCAAUGACGAGACUGAGACCCUGGUCUGGAAUGUGGUGCGGCAUUUCAGCGCCCUGUAUGGGUCUGAGGCCCUGCGGGCUCACCCCGUGCGCCGGAAGCAGCUCUGGACCCAGAUCCAAAGCCGCGUCAACUUCCUGGGCUACACCGAGCGCUCCAUCGACGACCUCAAGCACAAGUGGCGUGACUUGCGGUUGGACGUCAAGAAAAAGAUCACCUCCAAGAAGCACCUGCCUAUGAACCGGGCGGGCGGGCCGCUCCACAAGCCGCGCCUCACGCCCCUGGAGAAGAUGGUGGCUUCCACCUUCUUGCAGGCCAGCCACGACUCGGAGCCCGAAAUCAUCUUGGACCCAGAUCUGUUCUUCCCAGGUGCGACCAAGCAGUCCUUCAUGCACCUGCAGCCUGGCGUGAGCCACCCCAGCAUCUACAUCGACACUAACGGGCAGCCGUCGUCCUUGCCGGACAUGGAGGGCUCCGCCGUGCCCCGGCUGGCGGUGCAGAGCCCGGACCCCUCGGUGAUCUGUGAAUACAGCCGAGGGGAAGGACAGAGCAGCUCCGGGGCGUCCGAGGGGGACAUCCGUGUGUCAGGGAGGGAUAAAGGGCUCGCACAGAGCAGACGCGGCGGCCGCCAAGGCUCACGGGAGGGCGCCUCUUCUCUUCCAGCCGAGUCGGGACCAGAGCUGCGGACUCCGGACGUGUCAGCCAUUUCCCCGUCCCUGCGAAACGAGUCCCUCGUCUCCUACGCCUCCAUGUCGGAGGAGGAGGAGCGGGAAGGCCGGGAGGUGGACAGGGGCCACGGUGGGGCCGCGGGGCUGCAGGCCGGGCCGGAGGCCCCGCUCUCUGCGGAGGAAGACAUGAAACUGUCCCGGCAGGCCAUGCUGAUCCGCAGGUGCAGCUCUCAGGGCUCCGUGACGUCCCUGCCCGAGGACCCGCUCAACCCCGGGGACGCUCACUCGGACUGGGGCCACGAGGGGGUGUCCGACCUGCCCGCCCUGGGCCGCGGGCUCGACUCCUCGCACCCCGAGGAGCAGGCGGGCGGCCCGGGCCCGGAGAUGGGCGCUUUGCCCAGGGUACUGAUGGGGCCCGCCUGGGAGAAGCCGCCGGAGGAGGAGGCGCCGGCGCGCUCCCCGCUGCACGGGGCGCUCACCGAGGAGUCGCUGCCCUCCUCCGCCUCGCCCCCCGGGGACGCCCCCGCCGCCCCCGGCCCGCCGCGCGGCCCGGGCUGCGCCCGCCUGCGGGACGACCGCCGCGAGAGCUGGAGGACUAACAUCCACCACCUGCUCGACCUGGAGGAGCAGUGGGACCAGCUGUACCACCAGGAGCUGGCCAUGUGGCAGGAGGAGCGGGCCACGCAGCGCGAGGAGAGGGCCCGCGACCGGGAGCUCCAGUUCCGCCUGCUGGGCGUCCUCACGGACAUCCGCGACGAGCUGCGCUACCUGCGCCAGGAGCGCGCCAGCGCCCGGCAGAGCCAGGCGCCGCCCGCCGAGCCCCGGCCGGAGCCCGACCCGCUCCUGGAGCAGCCCAAAGCCGAGCCCGGCUUCCCCGAGCCGCAGCCCGCCGGCGCCGCCUGGGCAGACACCGCCGUGCCCAGCAGAAGCCCCUUCGGCAACCGGGGCCGGGGCCGGCGCCGGGGCCGGCCGCGCGGUUCGGCCUCCAAACACAGACGGCUCUUCCUCGCCAACAGCUAGGGGCAGGCGGGGACGCCGUCCCGCGGAGGACGUGGUGUGCGUACAGCCCUCCGAGCGCCGGCGCGCGGGCGUGCGGCGGGCGCCCGGCCGCGGACGGACCC